UUUUCUUUUGGCUUCUUACUGCUUGCUUAUUGUUUUAUAAGUUCAUUAAAAAUGGCGGCCACCAUUAGAAAAAAAAUUGUCAUUGUUGGUGAUGGUGCCUGUGGAAAAACUUGUCUUCUUUUUGUUUUUUCAAAAAAACAGUUUCCUGAGGAGUACGUCCCUACCGUUUUUGAGAAUUACGUUGCGGAUAUAGAAGUUGAUAAUCGGAAAGUAGAACUUGCUUUAUGGGACACGGCUGGGCAAGAAGAUUAUGAUCGACUUCGUCCAUUGUCUUACCCUGAUACUGAUGUUGUCUUAAUGUGCUUUAGCAUGGAUAGUCCCGAUAGUUUGGAUAACAUCACAGACAAGUGGGUCCCUGAGGUGAGGCAUUUUUGCCCUAACGUUCCCGUCCUGCUGCUUGGUUUAAAGAUGGAUGUUCGAGAAGAUGAAAAAGUCAGUGCGGAACUAGCAAAAACAAAUCAGAAAGUUAUCACUCCGGAGCAGGGACGCCAAGUGGCGGAUGUCAUUAAAGCUCACGACUACAUCGAGUGUUCAGCUAAACAGAACAUAAAUGUCGAAAAAGUUUUUAUAGAAGCCACACGCUGUGCCUUGGCCCGUCCAAAAAUUUCCCAAAAGAAAAAGUGUUUGCUUUUAUAAAAAAGAUUAAAAAGUUGGGGCGAACGGUUUUUUAAAAACCUUGCAGACUAGUUUAUUUUUCGGUUGGACCUUUAAG